AUGUACGCCUUCUACUCGCUGCUGGUGCUGGUCUUCUACGCGCUCUUCAAGAAGGGCGAUGCGGAGGGCCAGGCGGAGGCCGGGGGCUCACCCAUUUCUCUGCCUCCCCAGGGCCGCACAGUUUUCUCGGAGGAGCUGCCCGAGGACACCCCCAAGGCGCCCACACCGAACCACCGAUGGUUGCAGCUGACUGAUGUGGACAGCAGCUCCGAGAGCGACCGAGGAAGCCCCUCCGAGGAGGAGAAGGAGGACCCGGGCUGGGAGGAAGCCCCCACCCCACUGACGGAGUUCCUGGCCUUCAAGCGCCAGGCAGCCAUGGCCGAGAGGGAGAUGCUGUGUGAACAGCCCCCGGAGUCGCCCCUGGUGCAAAUGAUGCUGCAGCUCUUCUCCUUCCUGGAGCGUUACUCCCAUCUGCAGCAGCUGCAGGAGAAGGCCGGCGAGUACCGUUCGCGCCUCCACUGGCAGGAGAGCCGUUGGCGCCGGCAGAUGCGGGGUCUGAAGAGGGCCUACCAGCAGCGGGUGAAGGACAAGCUCAGCGUCAUCCAGAGUCUGGAAACCAUCAUCCUGGAGCAGCAGGGCCUCCUGGAGAAGGUGCAAGCAGGCUCAAAGCUGCCCUCCACUGGCCUACUGUGCCCCGUGGCCCCCGGGGGUCUGCACCAGAUGGUGGAGUCCAUCAGCGCCCUCCAGGGAGAGCGGAGCCAGCUGGCUGAGGAGGUGGUGGGUCUCCAGCAGAGGAUCGAAGAGCAAGAGAGGGAGAAGCAACAGCUGUCCAGGAGCUUCCACCACCAGGUCCAAGGCCUGAAGCAGCAGAUCCAAGCGCAGGAGGAAGAACGCGAGCAGCUCCGCCUGGGCAGGGGUGUGACGGACUCGGAGAAGCGGAUCCACAACCUGACCGUGGAAAACGAGGGUCUCAAGCACAGCCUGCAGCUUUCCCAGGGGCUCCUGGCACAGGCGGCUGCCAUCUCUGCCCAGCCCUCUGCUCUGAUGGCCACGGAAAACGAGGCGCUCCACCACAAAGUUUUGCAGCUGGAGGCCAGCCUGCAGCAGAAAGUGGGUGAGCUGAUGCGCCUGGAGGGGCGCAUGGACCAGCUGCAGUGGCGCAGGGAGGAAGAGGCGCGGCAGCUGAGCGAGCAGCUGUGUGGGCUCCGGCUCCCACUGCAAAGCCAGAAGGUCCCCCCUCCGGAGGUCCAGCCCCAGGACCUGGACAAAGGGCUGCAGGCGGAGUCCUCCUCCCAGGCGCUGCAGGCUUUGGCCAAUGCGGAGGCGCAGAACCGGGCGCUGAUGCAACAGCUGUCGUCCCAGGUCCAGCGGUGCCAACAGCUGGCCGAGCAGCUGCAGAAUUCGGAGGGAGCGGCCUCUGCCCUCCGGCACAAGAUCUCUGCCUAUGAGAAGGAGGUCUCCGGGCUGCGUCGGGAGCUGCAGCACAAGAUCCGGCACCUGGAGGAGCAGAAGGAGGCGGCAGUGCAGGAGGCUUCCCGGGCAUCCGAGGAGCAGGCUCAGCCCCUACGCAAGCAGCUGGAAGGAAUGAAACAGCACCUGCACACCCUCCGCCCCUUCCUCCAGGGGCUGCAAUUGGACUUCCGGAACAUCCAGGGGGAAAUGGGGAGUUUUGCCCACUGUUACAAAGCCGCCAUCGAGGAAGCCAAGCUGCAGAUGUUCUCGGUGAUCAGGGAAGUGGCGCAGAGCAGCCAAGGUCUGCAGGAGCGUUACCUGCGGGAGGUGCAGCUUCGGAAGAAAUACCACGACCAGCUGUUGGAGCUGAAAGGCAACAUCCGGGUCCUGUGUCGCCUGAAGCCGCUGACUGGGGAGAAGGAGCAGCCGCAGCAGCCGUCGCCGGGGGUCCCGGGGGGUCCCGGGGUGGAAGCCAGCCUGGCUGAAGACGGCUGCCUGACCGCCAGCUACAAGGGGACGGAGCAUCACUUCAAGCUGGACAAGGUCUUCCCGCCCUGCGCCACUCAGGAGGAGGUCUUCCUGGAGAUCGAGCCCGUGGUCCUGUCCUGCCUGCAAGGCUACAACGUUUGCAUCUUCGCCUACGGACAGACGGGCUCAGGCAAGACCUACACCAUGGAGGGGGUCCCAGGGAAUCCAGGGAUCAACCAGCGGGCCCUGAGGGCUCUCCAGCAGGAGAUGGAGGCCAAGAAGGCUCAGUCGUGGACCUUCUCCGUCCACCUCACCAUGGUGGAGAUCUACAAUGAGGCGAUCAGAGAUCUACUGACCAAGGACCCUCAGGAGAAGUUAGACAUCAGGUUGCAUCCCGAUGGGAGCGGGCAGGUUCACGUCCCGGGCCUCACCAGUGUGGAAGUCCAGAACUUCUCCGAAAUUCAGAAGAUUCUCCAGCUGGGAAAACGGAACCGCACGACCUUCUCCACCCACAUGAACGCGCACAGCUCCCGUUCGCACGCUCUGCUCACACUUACGCUCACGGGCACUGAGUUGACCAGCGGCACGAAAGCUUCCAGGGAAGCUCAACCUGGUGGACCUGGCGGGCUCAGAACGGGUGUGGAAGUCUGGCGCGCAGGGGGAGCGUCUGAAGGAAGCCCAGAGCAUCAACCGGUCCCUGCUGGCCCUGGGAGAGGUCAUCCAGGCCCUGCGGACGAAGCAGGCCCACGUGCCCUUCCGCAACUCCAGGCUCACCUACCUGUUGCAGGACUCCCUGGGCAAGGGCAGCAAGACAGUCAUGAUGGUGCAGAUUUGCCCCCUGGAGAAGAAUGUGGGCGAAUCCAUUUGCUCCCUCAAGUUUGCCCAGCGGGUCUGCCAAGUGGAGCUGGGACCGGCCUCCCGUCGCGUCAAGGCCCCGGAUGGGACUCGGAGUCCAUCAUCCACAGCCUUCCUCCUCGCAUCUUCCUUGCGUUCAUCGAGGGUUAA